CUUGUCUCUCUUUUUCUUUCUCUCGUUCUCUGUCUCUUUCUCUCCCUCUCUCCUUCUGUCCGUCCACCCCUCCCCCACGCUUUACCGUCCAUGCCCCCUCCCCGAACCCCCUCCACAGGAAGAAGAAGUGGCGGAGUUUAGGUUCUCUAAGCCAGGGCAGUGCCAAUGCGGCGGUUCUGGAUGUGACCCAGACCGGCGGCCAUAAGAAGCGCGUGCGGCGGAGCUCGUUCCUCAACGCCAAGAAGCUGUAUGAGGACGCCCAGAUGGCCCGCAAGGUCAAGCAGUACCUGUCUAACCUCUCCCUGGAGACCAAUGAAGAGAGUCUCCAGACUCUCUCAAUGCAGUGUGAACCCAGCGUGAACACAUUGCCGAAGAGUGCAGGAGAGAAGAAGAGACCAGACACGUCGCCGGUGGUGUCCCGUGCCGCCACCCACCAGCGGCAGCAGCAGCUCAAGGCCAACCAGGCCCUCCAGGUGCCCGCCGUCGCCCUCUACCCCUCACGCAAGAAGGUGCCCAUCAAGGACCUGCCCCCCUUCGGCACGAGUUCUCCCCAGUCCCUGAAGAAGAUUCUGUCCCUAUCAGAGGAGGCACCCGACAGACAUCGCAAACACGCAGAGGACACCAUAUCCAACGCCUCGUCCCAGAUGUCCUCUCCCCCAACCUCACCACACAGCUCACCCAAGAAAGGUUAUGGGCGGGCGGGGGACAACAUGUCGGACUCAGGCCACAGUGAGAUCUCGUCCCGGUCCAGUCUGGUGAGCACAUCAUCUCUGGACAUGCCCCACGACGACCGCCGCCUCCGACACGCAGGCCCCGACGCACACAUUGGGCCUCGCCUGGAGCGCAGGGCCACCACCGACCCAGACCAGUACAGCUUGGGGUCGUACUCGUCCAUGCAGGACUGCCGUGCGCUGUACACGGGGGCCACCGUUCUCUCCUCCCCCAGCUCUGAGGAGCUCACGCAGGACCAGGGCGACCGCGUCUCAUUGGACGCCGCCGACAGUGGGCGGGGCAGCUGGACCUCCUGCUCCAGCGGUUCCCAUGACAACAUCCAGACCAUGCAACAGGGGCGGAGCUGGGAGGCGCUGGCAGAGGGGGGAGGGCUGUGGGCGGGUCGUGGCAGCUGGGCGUCGGCCUGCUCCUCCUCAUCCUCAGUGGCGUGCUGGGGGGAGGAGUCGGAGGGCGACACGGGCACAAUCAAGCGGCGCGGCGGCAAAGACGUCAGUGCCGACCCUGAGACCAGCAGCAUCACCUCCACCGGCUCCGAGGAGUCCAAGCAGGCCAGCCGACGGCCCUCUCCCAUCACCGCCGGCAACGCCAAGGGGGUCAUCACGCGGAAGGAGGGGCGUUACCGUGACCCCCCUCCGACGCCCCCGGGGUACACGGCACUGACCAUCUCAGACGCAGUGACGGAGGGCAGCACGCAGACGCAGACACACACACACGCGGGGCGACGGCCGCCGGACUACACCACUGCACUGCAGCGCUCCAGGCUCGUCACACAGUCCCCCGACUCCCAGCAGGCCCUUGCUGCCUCGACCGAGACACACACGCAACACACACACUCACAGGAAGGAGGAGAGGAAAACGAGGAGGAGGAAGAGGAAGAGGAGGAGGAUGAGCAGGUGUCUGCUGUGUGAGUGAGUGAGUGAGUGUGUGUGUGUGUGUCAGGGCUGUUCUGACACGUAGCCCGCGGGCUUCAGCAGAC